AUGGUAUUAUUCUCUCUAUUAUUUUUAUUUUUACGGAAACAACAACAACUUUCUUUCAUUUUAUUUAAUUUAUUAAUUUUAUUACAAAUUUUAAUUAAUCCAUUACUUGGUGCAAAUCCAUGCCAAGACUACUCUUUAAAUGAUUGUGAUCCAGUAGCAGAAUGUGAUAGUGAUCAACCUGGGUAUUUUCAAUGUAAAUGUCCUUCUGGUUAUUUGGAUGUUAGUCCAGAUAAAAUUAAAAUGCCUGGGAGAAUGUGUAAAAAAGUAGAAAAUGAAUGCACAACAGGAAAACAUAAAUGUGAUACAAAUGCUGAAUGUAUUGUUACUUCAAAUGGAUAUACUUGUCGCUGUAAGCAAGGAUGGUUAGAUACGAGUAAUGAUAAGGAGCAUUCCCCAGGGAGGAGUUGCAAACAAAGUAGCCAAUGCCGUAAUAUUGAUUGUGCUCCAGAAGCUGAAUGUGUUGAAAAUGUAUUAGCAGGACAACCACCUAUUUGUAAAUGUCAACGUGGCUAUGUCGAUGUUUCUUCUAAACAAGGAAAGUUGCCUGGAAGAGUUUGUUUGUUGGUGCGAAAUGAGUGUCUUCAACAUGGGGAAAAUGAUUGUUCUCGUGAUGCAAAUUGUAUUGAUACAGAUGAAUCUUUUACUUGUCAAUGUAAAGAUGGUUACAAUGAUGAAAGUCCACAAAAGGAUAAAAAACCUGGCCGAAUUUGUUCAAGAAAAAAUUUACCUUCAACACCAGAAUGUGAUGUUAAUGAUCCAAUGAGUUGUGAUUCAACAAGACAUGAAGCUUGUCAAUUUAUGAGUGGAACAUAUAGAUGUGCUUGUGCAAAUGGUUAUAGUCGCUUGCCUGAUGGACGUUGUUUGGCUAUUAAUGAAUGUUUAGAUUCUAGACUUAAUGAUUGUUCUCCAGAUGCUGAUUGUAUUGAUGAGACGAUUGGCUUCAGUUGUAAAUGCAAAAGCGAUUUUGUUGAUGUUUCCCCACCAGGAUCUCGUCCAGGAAUUUUAUGUCGUCGAAGAGUUAAUGAAUGCUCUGCUCCUAAACAAUAUGCUGUUGAUUGUGAUUCUAAUGCUAAUUGUAUCGACACAGAUGACAGUUUUAUUUGUCGAUGUAGACCAGGAUUUGUGGAUAUAUCCGAACAAUUUAAUAGAUUACCGGGAAGAAGAUGUAUUGAAGCGGUGAAUGAAUGUUUGGACUCUAAACUUAAUGAUUGUUCUGAGCAUGCAAUUUGUGAGGAUUCAAAGGAAAGUUAUACAUGUAAAUGCAAAACUGGAUUUUUGGAUACAUCACCAGAUGCUCGUAAAUAUCCUGGUCGUCUUUGUAUUAAACCUAUACAAGAAAAAGAAUCAAAUUUAACUUCAAAUCCAUUUCAACUUUCUUUGGAUACUUGUGAUCAAACUAAAGGAAUUUAUGCUUGUAGAAAAGGAUUGGAAUGUAUUGAGGAUACCGAUGGAAAUUUUAUUUGUGCUUGUCCAGAAGGAUCGUUUUUAUAUUCUGAUGGAACUUGUCGUUUAACUAGUGCUUGUAAACAUUCAAUGGAGUGUGACAAAAAUGCUAUUUGUGUAAAUCUUUUUGACUCGUUUCAAUGUCAAUGCAGACCAGGAUUUUUUGAUAAAUCGCCUGAUCCUGAAACUAAACCUGGGAGAAUAUGUAAAGAAUUAAUAAAUGAAUGCGCAAAUCAAGCACAUGAUUGUUCACCUUUUGCUGAAUGUGUAGACGCAACUGAUGGUUUUGCUUGUAUAUGUAAAGAAGGUUUUGUUGAUAUAUCUUCACAACAUGAAUUGCUACCUGGAAGAAGAUGCUCUAAUGCAAGUAAUGAAUGUGCCGAUCGUUCUUUAAAUACUUGCGACGAAAGUGCUGAUUGUAUUGACACACAACAAGGAUAUAGUUGUCGUUGUAUUCCUGGUUAUGUAGAUGUUUCUACUAGUGCAAAUUUACCUCCUGGUCGUGUUUGUACAGUUCAAACAAGUUGUCCAAAGCAAAAGACAGAUUUGAUGUUUUUGGUGGAUGGUUCUGGAAGUAUUGGUUCUGCUGUUUUUAGAAAUGAGGUUCUUCGUUUUAUAAGCGAUUUUGUUGAACUUUUUGAUAUUGGACAAGAAAAUACUCGAGUCGGAUUAAUUCAAUAUAGUGAUCAAAUAAGACAUGAAUUUGAUUUGAAUCAAUAUUCUGACAAACAUUCUUUACUUCAAGCAAUAGCCCAAACUCAAUAUUUGACUGGUUUAACAAGAACUGGGGCAGCAAUACAACAUAUGGUUCAAGAAGGUUUUGCCCAACGUCGAGGAGCACGUCCUCCUUCCCCUCCGUCAUCAUCAUCAUCAAGUAGUAGUACUGAUGUAAGCCGUGUUGCUAUAGUUAUAACAGAUGGAAGAAGUCAGGAUAAUGUAACAGAACCAGCACAAAAAGCUAGAGAACAACAUAUAAAUACUUUUGCUAUUGGAGUUACUGAUCAUGUACUUGCUUCGGAAUUGGAAUCGAUAGCUGGUUCUCAACAACGCUGGUUUUAUGUUGAUCGCUUCAAGGAUUUGGAUAUGCGACUUCGAUCAAUUGUUCAAAAACUAGCAUGCCCUUCUCCAACACGUCCAACUCAAUUAUCAACUGGUUGCAGUGUUGAUGCGCAAACAGGGUGUGAUAGAACACGAAAUGAAAUUUGUACUUUAAUUAAUAAAAAACCAACAUGCCAUUGCCCUAAUGGUGGAUUUGAUAGACAUCCAUUAACCCAUGUUUGUGGUGGAGAUUUGUGCAAUCCUGAAUUGCCAACUUCUUGUCCACAUCCUGAAUUGUGUCAACGAACACCUUUUGGAAAUCAUCGUUGCGCUUGUCCUGCUUCAUAUGCACGAGAAAUGCAUUCAGGAAUAUGUAUAUCUUCUUCAAUUUCUCAUAUACCUUCUAAUAAACAACAUUUACCUUCAAACUUUACUUCUUCAACAACAUUUUCUCCAUCACUUAAUGUGAAAACUUGCCCUCCAGGAAUGGCUUUAAAUCCUCGAUCAGGAAAUUGUGGUCCUCCUGGAUCUUGUGACCCACUUAGAAAAAGUGAAGAUGAAUGUGAUAUACGUAAACGUGAACAUUGCCUUUUACAUACUUCUGGACAAUUUCAUACUUGUCAGUGUUUACCAGGAGAGAAACGACAUCCAGCGACUGAAAUUUGCUUGAGAAAUGAAUGUCUAAACAAAAGAGAUAAUGAUUGCGAUCCUGCUGCAAAAUGUAUUGAUACUGAUGAAAGUUAUUUGUGUGUUUGCCCUCUUGGAUAUUUAGACCAAUCUCCAGAUCCCGUAAAUAAACCUGGACGUUUAUGUGUUGGAGAAGUUAAUGAAUGUGCUCUAGGUCAAACACAUACUCGUUGUUCACCUGAUGCUUUGUGUGUGGACACCGCUGAAGGAUACAUUUGUCGUUGUAAACCUGGUUUUGUUGAUUUAUCUCCAAAUGCGCGGCAUGAAUCAGGAAUUAUUUGUCGUAAAUUAGUUGAUGAAUGUUCUCGUGAAGAAUUGAAUACUUGCCAUCCAGAUGCGUUUUGUGUGGAUACUCAUGACUCCUACAAAUGUAUUUGUAAAGCCGGAUUUAGUGAUCUAGAUGAAUUCCGCAAUCCAGGUCGACAAUGUGUAAAGGUGCAAGAAAGUAACAGUAAAUGCCAGGAAGGAAGAAAUGAUUGCGACAAAAAUGCUAGAUGUAUCUACGACGCCGCAACAGACAAAUAUGAAUGUGUUUGCCCACCAAACUUUCGUGAUAAAAGCGUCGACCUUGUCAACGCUCCAGGCCGUGUCUGUAUUCCGUUCAUACCUGAGUGUGACAACCCAGCUUUGAAUGAUUGCGAUUUACCGGAUCAUGCCAUUUGCACAGAUACAGAUGAAGGUUAUACUUGUCGUUGCCGUCAAGGAUUUCUCGAUAUUUCUCCAAAUGUUACACAUAAACCAGGCCGUCUUUGCAAACAACUCGAAAAUGAAUGUGUUAAAGGAACUCAUGAUUGUGCUAAGGAAGGAGGAAUAUGCCAAGAUACUCCUGAUUCUUACACUUGUCAAUGUUCUCCUAAUUAUUUGGACGUUUCUUUGGAUAGAAAAACUAGGCCUGGUCGUAAUUGUAAACGCUUGGUUAAUGAAUGUGCUGCUGGUCAACAUGAUUGUUUCCCAACAGCAAUAUGUACAGAUACUGAAGACAGUUAUCAAUGUCAAUGCCCAAAAAAUUAUUUGGAUGUUUCACCUGAUCCUUUACAAAAACCCGGACGUCGAUGUUUGGCAAAGAUUGAUGAAUGUACACAAGGAUUACAUGAUUGCUCUCCAAAUGCAAUUUGCAAUGAUACUGAUUCUGGUUAUACAUGCAAAUGUACUCAAAAUUUUGUAGAUGAAAGCCCUGAACCUGCUCAAAGGCCAGGACGUAUUUGUAGACCUGCAUUAGUUAAUGAAUGUGUUUUAAAGAAAGAUGACUGUCAUAGUGAUGCUGAUUGUUUGGAUUUAGCACAGGGAUUUACAUGUCAAUGCCGAUCAAACUAUCUUGAUCAAUCUCCAAAUCGUGUAACACAUCCAGGCCGUUAUUGUGUUCCCCGUCCAACUCCACCACCGGAUGAAUGUCAGUUAACUGCUGGAAAUAAAGGAUGUAAAGUUGAAUUGAAUGAAGUUUGUCGAAUUGUUGCUGGCCAACCAAAAUGUGCUUGCCCAUUAAAUUAUGAAAGAGCUACUACUAAAAAUAAUACUAGUGGUACUGCAGCUUGUACAGUCAUUAAUGAAUGUCAAUUCCCACAGUUGAAUGAUUGCCAUCCGAGUGCGGAAUGCCAAGAUUUGAUUGAUAGUUUUACAUGUAAAUGUCGAUCUGGUUUUAAAGAUAUUUCUCCUAAAGCUAAUGAACGACCAGGAAGAUUGUGUCAAGCUUUGGUUAACGAAUGCCAAUUUCCUCAUCUAAACGAUUGCCACCUACAUGCAGAAUGUAUCGAUUUGGAGGACAGUUUUCAAUGCCGUUGUAAAAAAGGAUUUAAUGAUUUACGACCUGAAAGGCCAGGGCGAAUAUGCAAACAAAUGAUUGAUGAAUGUGAACGUCCCGAACUUAAUUCAUGUGAUAGAAAUGCAAAAUGUUUGGAUGAAGAGGACGGAUAUAAUUGUGAAUGUAAAGCUGGAUUCGCUGAUGUUUCUCCAUCGCCUAGUUUACCAGGAAGAGCUUGUCGCCCAAUUGUCAAUGAAUGCAUAGAUCAAAAAUUGAACGAUUGUGAUCCGCGAGCAAAAUGCAUUGAUCAGCCAGAUGGAUAUCAGUGUGAAUGUCCUUCAAACACAAAAGAUAUUUCUCCAUCUGCAGCUUUCCCUGGACGAGUAUGCCAUGUCUUUGAAAAUGAAUGUUUGACAGGAAAACAUGAUUGUGACCCACAGGCUGUUUGUCAAGAUAAUGAACAGGCAUUCACUUGUGAAUGCCCGAAAGGGUUUACUGAUCGCUCACCAAAUAGACAACAUCGUCCAGGCCGUGUAUGUGUGAAACUGAUAGAUGAAUGUAAAGAGGGUAGACAUACAUGUUCUCCUAAUGCUGACUGUCGCGAUUUAGAAGAGGUCUAUUUUUUGUUUUAUAAAAUUUUAUUCAUCAUUCAGGGUUACACAUGUGAAUGUCGUGAUGGUUAUGUGGACAGAUCACCAAAUCUAGCAAUUCAACCAGGCCGAGUUUGUGGAGUCCCUGAAACAUGUCCAGCCAAUCAUGAAUGCAGUGCUGCUGCUGUAUGUGAACCCCAGGGGGGUAACAAUUACACAUGUACUUGUAUUCAUGGAUAUAUUGAUCAGGCAGUCUGUUAUGAAGAGGGACAAGGAUAUCGCUGUGAAUGUGCACGUGGUUAUUUAGAUAAAUCUCCUUUUGGACAGCCAAAAGGCCGUGUUUGUGAAUUGCCGCCACCACCUCCUCCACCACAACGUCAUCCUUGUCAGGAUAGCACUCAUGAUUGCCAUCAAAAGGGUGCUUGUCGUGCUACUGGUGCUGCUUCAUUUACAUGUGAAUGUCUUCCAGGUUAUGAAGAUCGUUCGCCAGAUAUUAAAACAAAACCUGGACGUGUUUGUGUACUUACUGAACCAAUUUGUAUCGAUGCAACACGUAAUGAUUGCCAUUCUGCCGCAGUUUGUACAGAAGAUAAACUGUUACCUGAAGGUUUUGCUUGUCGUUGUAGAGAUGGUUAUGUGGACCAAAGUCCUGAUAAAGUUCGUAAACCAGGACGGAUUUGUAUUGAAUUUGUGAAUGAAUGUUUGGACCGCUCGUUAAAUGAUUGCGAUCCUUUGGCUAUCUGUGAAGAUCAACCUGAAGGAUAUACUUGCCGCUGUCCUCUUAAUGCAAUGGAUCGUUCGCCAGAUAAAGAACGUCGUCCUGGACGAAAAUGCAUCUCUCAAAUUAAUGAAUGUUCAAAUCCAUCUUUAAAUAACUGUAGUCGUUUCGCUGACUGUUUUGACAAACCUGAAGGUUAUGAAUGUAAAUGUCGUCCAGAUUAUCAUGAUUUGAAUACUGCACAACCUGGAACUUCUUGCAAAUUCAUGCAAAAUGAAUGUCUAAAUUUUGCACUUAAUGACUGUUCACCAAAUGCUGAUUGUUUUGACACUCCUAGUGGCUAUAAUUGCAAAUGUAAACAACCAUUUAAAGACCAUGGUCCAGCAGAACAUCCUGGACGAAUUUGCCUUUACAAUGAAUGUCAGGAUCCUACAAGAAAUAAGUGUGAUAAGAAUGCUAUUUGUGAAGAUACUGAAGAUGGUUUUACUUGUAGAUGUAAGGUUUUUUAUAAAGGCGUAGGGGCUUUUCCUGGUUUUUUCGGCCUUGGUAAUGAUGGUUUUUAUGAUGAUUCUGGAACUAAAGGUUUAGAAGCUGGUCGAGUUUGUAUUGCAUUUUCUGAAAAUGAACAACCCGAACAUGUCAUUCAACGUCCCUCUAAACAACAACAACAAUCGACGGUAUUAAAAGGAAUUGCAUGUGGACGUAAUCAUUGGUGUUUGUCUGAACGUAAUGAGGUUUGUGUUGGUGGUACUCGCUGCCUUUGCCGUCCUGGUGAUGGUCGUGCUUCUAAUGAAAACAAAUGUGUUCCUGUUGAAAAAACUUCUUUUGCUUUCAGAGUAAUUAAUCGUGGACAACAACCUCUCAUUUAUAGCAGUGAUUAUGGUGAUAGUUCAAGUAGUACUUAUGUUGAAUUUGUACAAGAAUUUCAACGAGAAAUGGCUAAAGCUAUUGGAAGCACAAAAUUUGCAUCUCAUUAUGUUACAACUGAUGUUUCAUAUUUAACACAUCCAAAAGCAAUUAAUAGUUCUUGGAGUGAUGGUAUACUUGUAAAUUUUACAAUUUCUUCAAAUAAAAACCAACAGCAACAACCUUUAAAUCGUGCAAUUAGCAAUAAUGGGCAAUUAAUUGUCGCUCCAGAUUUUGAAUUACUCAAUCCUUGUAUUAAACAACAACCUGUUGAAGAUUAUUGUGGUGGUAAUGAAGAUGACUCUUCUUCUGCUGUCUGCAAAAAAGAAUUGGGGGAGAUUUGUAUUGCUGAAACACUUUGUGGAUGCCCUAAUGGACAAAAAAGGCCUUCAAUAGAAGAAAAAUGUCGUCCAGUUGAAUCUUGGCAAAUACCUUUAUGGAUUAUAAGAAAAAAUAAUAACCAACUUUUGUAUAAUGAAACAUUUGCAAAUCCAUUAAAUCCUUUAAAUAAAGAAUAUGUUCGUCUAUUUGAAAAAGGAAUUGCUCAAUGUUAUCCACAAACAUUGCUAAAGAAUGCCUUUGUUUCUGUUGAGGUUAAUGAAAUUCUUGAUCCAAUGUUAAUAAAUGCUAGCUGGGAUAAUGGACUCUUAUUUAAUGCAACAAUGCAUUUUAGAAAAGGAGCAGUUAAAAAUCCAUUGGAUGUUUAUACACAAUUAGUUAAAUAUAUUAUUGAAAAAAAUGGACAACAAUUGGGAAAUUCUGGACUUUAUUUAAGUACAAAUCAAAAAAGUCCAUUCAGUUCUUGUUUCAAGAAUAAUUGUCAUCCAAAAGGUAUUUGUAUAGAAUUGGGACCAAAUGCUUAUCGAUGUGAAUGUACUAAUGGACAAAGAGACUUGAAUCCUUCAGAUCCUGGAAGGAAAUGUGUGCCAACUCAAAGUUACAAUGAAUGUGAGAAAGAAGAAGAAAAUGAAUGUUCUUCAGAAGCGAGAUGUAUUGAUCUUGAAUUCCUCUAUAAAUGUGAAUGCAAAAAAGGAUAUACAGAUGCAUCACCAAAAGGUUCAAUUCCUGGAAGUGUUUGUGUACUCGACUAUUGUAGUGAUGUUAAUUAUUGUCCAUCAAAUACAAGUUGUGUAAAUACUGAACAACAAGCAGAAUGUCAAUGUCAUAAAGGAUUUGUAGAUAUUAGACAUUCUGAAUCUAGAAUGAGCCUUGGAUUUUCUUCUGAUCAAUAUUGCCUUUCUCCUCAUGAUGUUGAUGAAUGUGCUUUGGGUUUACACAAUUGUUCAAGUUACGCAAUUUGUACAAAUCUUCCAGAAGGUUAUUCAUGUCAAUGUCCACCAGGAUGGGAAGAUGGAAAUUUGGAAUUGCCGGGUCGUUUUUGUGCAAGCAAAUUGUGUGCUCAAUGCCAUGAAAAUGGGGCUUGUAUUCCCGAUCCUACAAACAAUACGAACGUAAUAUGUCAAUGUUUUGAUGGGUAUAGUGGACAAUUUUGUGAAUUGGCACCAGCAUCGGCUUCCCUUGUUUUACUUGUUCUGUUAGCUUUGGUUUUCCUUCUACUUUCACUUUGUUUCCUUCUCUAUUUAUGCACUCGUUGCCGUUGUUUCUAUAGACGGCCAGAAUUCGCAACAUUAGAUGCAUCAGCAAGUAGCGAUAGUGGUGCCGAUUUUUCUCUUUAUGGAAUUCCUCGUGCAAAAUUAAAACAAUCUUCACAUACUGACUCGGCAGCAGAUAGCAGAGCAGCUCAUUUAGCCGGAUAUUUAGAAGAUGGUUUGAGAAUACCUCGUGCCCAUUUACACCAUGAUGGGUCAUCCUUAGCAAGUGCUGCAUCCAGUGAAUUUACUAUUCGGGAAGAAAUUGAGAGGAGAGUUACAACGGAUAUUAUUAGAACAGAAGAAAUUGUGACAGGUGUAGACGUACAUAAUGAGGCGACAAAUUCUUCUGAAAAUAUUGCUGCUGAAGCUUCGAAUGUUUAUACAUCUACUAAUAAUAUGGGGAGAGCAACGACAAAUAUUCGUAAUAAUCAACAACAACAAUAUCAUCAACAACAGCAACAGCCACACAAAUUUGUCGAUUCUGAAUUGGAUAGAGGUGAAAGUAUUGCUGAAUUUUCAAAUUCAAGAAGAGAAGGUGGAAGAGAUAUUUCUUCUCUAAAAACUUCAACAACAAAUUAUCCUUCCUCUUCAUCUUGGCGUCAUUAUGCAACAACAAAUGAUAGUUUAAAAAAAGGAUUUGCAUUUAAAAAUCCUUCAUUAAUAUUAGAAGAUGAUGAGGGUGAAGGAGGAGAAGAUGUUGAUGUUAUUGAUAAAAAUACUAAGGUUCGCCAUCAUCGUCAUUUUGAUCCAAGAACAGGAAUUACUAGUGACAAACAUGUUCAACAAACAUCAACAAUAACUAGUACAACAAGGAGUGGAGGUGGUAAAUAUUAACAAAAAAAUAAAUAAAGGUUUAUAAAUUAAUUUUUAAUGCUCACAUUUUUAAAGUAUUUUAUACGCCGAAAUACCAAUUCCCUCAAAAAAGGCACGCCGGAAUACCUCAAAAUUUAAAUUGAUAGAAUAAAUAACCUUUCACCUUUUGUUGAAAGUGAAUGUCCAUAUGAUUGGACAACACCCCUCUAUAUUUUCCACAGUUUGGCGAUAUUUUUGGACAGCUUUUGGGGAAGAAGGGGUGUUUUUUUCGGUAUUUCGGCGCGUUCCUAUUAUAACAACGCUGCCAUUUUAUUUUCUUAAUUAAUUUUU